UACCUGAACAUGCUGCGGAGCUGCGAGGGCUACAACGAGAUCAUCUUCCCCCACUGCUCCUGCGACUCCCGGCGCAAGGGACACGUCGUCACUGCCAUCAGCAUCAAGCACUUUAAACUCCACGCCUGCACCGAGGAGGGGCAGCUGGAGAACCAGGUGAUAGCGUUCGAGUGGGAGGAGAUGCAGCGGUGGGACACGGACGAGGAGGGGAUGGCCUUCUGCUUCGAGUAUGCCCGAGGGGAGAAGAAACCCCGAUGGGUUAAAAUUUUCACCCCCUAUUUCAACUACAUGCACGAGUGUUUCGAGCGGGUUUUCUGCGAGCUCAAGUGGAGGAAGGAGGUAAGAACCCUGAGGCUGCAGGGAGGUGGCUUUGUGGGCUUUCUACAGCAGGAUUUUGGUGACAAGUAUUUCUGCCUGGUCCUCAACGGCGGCUUGUCCAGGGAGUAUCGGAUGAUUAGAGCAGCAAUCCUGGGUCUCUGGGGGUAG